AGAGGCGGAGUCGAAGCGAGAGAAAUCCUUAACUCAAGGAAUGGGUUUUGGAGUCUGUGGGCGCUCAGGAAAUCGGGGGCCUUCGCCUCCGGGCCUGGGUUGUGGUCACCGUGAAACCCCUCCAGACCCGAGACCUACCAGCGAAUAAAUCCAGUCUAGGGUACGGCGACUCACUGGCUCCAUGGGGUCGCAGCAGCAGCCGGGGGCUCCGCUGUCUCGCGAGGGUGAAGCGCCCCCGCCUACUCCCGCUCCUGAGGGCCGGCGGAGAAGUCGCCGGGUUCGCCUUCGUGGGUCCUGCCGUCACCGACCUAGCUUUCUGGACCGCCGGGAGCUUGCGACGAGCGCCCCAGUCGGGCCUGCGCCGGCAUCCUCUGAGAUUAUGGCAUCAGCUGCUAAGGAAUUUAAAAUGGACAACUUUUCACCUAAAGCUGGCACUAGCAAAUUGCAACAGACUGUACCAGCUGAUGCAUCUCCCGAUUCUAAGUGUCCUAUAUGCUUGGAUAGAUUUGAUAAUGUGUCUUACUUAGAUCGCUGUUUACAUAAGUUCUGUUUUCGCUGUGUACAGGAGUGGUCAAAAAACAAAGCUGAAUGUCCACUAUGUAAACAGCCCUUUGAUUCUAUUUUCCAUUCUGUGAGGGCAGAAGAUGACUUCAAGGAAUAUGUAUUAAGGCCUUCAUAUAAUGGUUCUUUUGCCACUCCUGAUGUUCGUCGAUUUCGCUAUCGUACAACUAUGACAAGGGACCGAAGUGCUGCUGUGUAUUCACCUAGUAGUACCAUGAAUAGAAGAACAACAACUCCACCUGAUAGUGGAGUACUGUUUGAAGGGUUAAGCAUUUCAACCAGGCCUGGAGAUGGUGAAAUUCCUCAGUUUAUGAGACAAAUUGCAAUAAGGAGGCCAGCUACUGCAGAUGAAAGAUCUUUGCGGAAAAUUCAAGAACAGGAUAUUAUUAAUUUUAGACGAACUCUCUAUCGUGCUGGUGCUCGUGUUAGAAAUAUUGAAGAUGGUGGUCGCUACAGGGAUAUUUCAGCUGAAUUUUUCCGUAGAAAUCCAGCUUGCCUUCACAGAUUAGUCCCCUGGUUAAAACGUGAACUUACAGUUCUUUUUGGAGCUCAUGGAUCUUUAGUGAAUAUUGUCCAGCACAUCAUCAUGAGUAAUGUUACUCGCUAUGACUUGGAGAGUCAGGCAUUUGUGUCUGAUUUAAGACCAUUUUUACUUAAUCGGACUGAGCAUUUUAUACAUGAAUUUAUCAGUUUUGCUCGAUCUCCUUUUAACAUGGCAGCCUUUGACCAGCAUGCUAAUUAUGAUUGCCCUGCUCCUUCAUAUGAAGAAGGUAGCCAUUCUGAUUCUUCAGUCAUAACAAUAUCUCCAGAUGAGGCUGAAACCCAAGAGCUGGAUAUUAAUGUAGCCACUGUUGGUCAGGCACCGUGGGAUGAUGAAACUCCAGGGCCAUCUUACUCAAGCUCAGUGCAGGUACACGCUGCCAUGUCUUCCCUUUUAAAUACUUCUGACAGUUCAGAUGAAGAACUUAUAACAGGAAGAGCCACAUCUCAGAUACAAGGAAUACAAACUAAUGAGGACCUAAAUAAUGACAGUGAUUCUUCUUCAGAUAAUUGUGUCAUUGUUGGGUUUGUUAAACCACUAGCUGAGAGGACCCCAGAACUUGUUGAACUGUCUUCUGAUUCUGAGGAGUUAGGCUCCUAUGAGAAAAUGGAGACAGUGAAGACCCAAGAACAAGAGCAGUCUUACAGUUCUGGUGAUAGUGAUAGUAGAUAUUCAUAUCCACACUCUGUCCUUGGAAAGGAUGAGCAAAUAAAUAAAGGUCAUUGCGAUUCUAGUACAAGAAUCAAAUCAAAGAAGGAGGAAAAACGAUCUAUGGCAUUGUCAUCUCCCAGAGACCUGAGCUCAUCCAUCAGAGGAGAUCAAGUAUAUUCUCCGUAUAACCGUAGACACAGGAGGAGGGGCAUAUCAAGAAGUUCAGAUUCACGUUCCCAGAGUAGAAGUGGGUAUGAUCAGAAGAAUCGGAGAAAACAUCAUGGAAAGAAAAGAAUGAAAAGCAAACGAUCCAGAAGCAGGGAGAGUAGCAGACCUAGAGGUAGGAGAGAGAAAAAGAGGUCAAGAACUAGAGAUAGAAGUUGGUCGAGAAGAAGCCAAACUCUGUCUUUAAGUAGUGAAAGCACAAGCAGAUCAAGAUCUCGUAGCAGUGAUCAUGGUAAAAGAAGAUCACGGAGCAGAAAUAGAGAUCGUUAUUAUUUAAGAAAUAAUUAUGGAAGCAGAUACAAGUGGGAGUAUACUUACUAUAGUAGAAACAAGGAAAGGGAUGGCUAUGAAUCAUCUUACAGGAGGAGGACUCUGUCCAGAGCUCAUUAUUCCAGACAAUCUUCAAGUCCAGAAUUUAGGAUUCAGUCCUUUUCUGAAAGAACAAAUGCUAGGAAAAAAAAUAAUCACAGUGAAAGGAAAUACUACUACUAUGAAAGGCACAGGUCAAGGAGUCUAUCUAGUAAUAGAUCAAAGACUGCAUCUACAGGGCCUGACUGGGUGAGAAAUGAAAAGCCUGGAGGGAAACGAAAAUACAAAACACGACAUUUGGAGGGUACUAAUGAAGUGGCUCAACCAUCUCGUGAAUUUGCUUCCAAAGGAAAGGAAAGUCAUUACCAAAAAUCUUCAUCAAAAUUGGAUGGAAAGUACAAAAAUGAGAGUGACAGCUUUUCAGACAGCCGGUCAUCAGACAGAGAGACAAAACACAGGAAGAAGAGGAGGACGACCCGAAGCCUAAGUGUAGAGAUAGUCUAUGAAGGGAAAGCUACUGAUACAAGUAGACAUCAUAAAAAGAAAAAGAAGAAACACAAGAAGAAACAUAAGAAACAUCAUGGGGAUAAUCCUUCACAUUCCCCGGUUGUAAUUACCAUUGACAGUGAUAGUGAUAAGGAUUCUGAAGUAAAGGAGGGCAUGGAAUAUGACAAUAGUCCUCAAGACUCUCUACAAAAUGAAUUUUUGGCUCCUUCCUUGGAACCAUUUGAAAUGAAAGAUGUAGUGACAGUAGAUGAAGAACUUGGUGUCCGGGGAAAGGAGUGUGAUACAACCACAUUUAAUAACAACUUGAAUAAUGCUAAUAAAACUGUAGAUAAUAUUCCACCCCAGGCAGCUUCUAUUGAACAGACUCUUGAUGUAAGAGAAGAGAGCACCUUUGCCUCUGAUUUAGAGAACCAGCUCAGUAGUGUUAGUGAUCAAACAGAGCUGUCAAGGCAGUUGCCAUCUCCAUGGAUAUUAACGUCAGUGUCUCUUGGUAGAGACCAUGAUAUGUCUUAAAAUUGCCAAAGCAUCUCAUUGAGAAUUUGUGAUG